AUGUCUAUCGAAGAAUUUAAAUGUCGAUUUUUACAAACCAUUCCUAAUCAUCGUACCAUUAUGGCAGAAUUAUUAGAAAAUCCUGUUAUGUUAGAUUUGGUUCAAAAUCGUGCUGUACUACUCUCUCAUUUCGCAGCAUUAAAAAUUGAAGAAGAUUUUUGGAAUUAUGUCGCUAAUGCAGCAAUGCCUACUGUAAGAUGGCUAUCUCAAACAUCGAAAGAUGUAACAAAACGAAAUUUCAUUAAUUGGGAUUAUCCACGAACGGAGCGUAAUAUUCAACAUCGACAAAUUAUAAUUAGUAAUAAGUUAAAACAAGCACAGACGAAUCUCAAUGUUCAUUUACUAGAAACACUUCCCAGUGAAAUACUACACCAGGAACUCUCUGUUCACGAAUUGAUCAAUAUCAUUCAUGAUGCUCUUAGUAUUCUCGUACAGAAAGAUUUUGCUAAUUAUCUGAGUUACUUUGAACACAAGAAAACUAUGUUAUACCUUGAUAUUCAUGAAGUUUAUCAUGUCAAAUGUUUCUAUGAAUGUAAUCCAACUGAACCACAGUUAACAUUAUUGUCAUCUAUUAUAAUAAUGCAAACAAACACUGAAACUUCAUGGAAUCCAGAAGAGGAUGAAGCUUUAAGAGAUUACGAAAAAAUACCUAUUGAUCUUCCAUGGAAUCAAAAGCAUCCAACAAAAUCGUCAACAGAAAGUGAAGUAAAUAUCGCUUAG